AUGGGCUCUUUACCGCCUCCAGUCGAGCUCGAUGCACUCAUUGUGGGAGCAGGCUUUGGUGGAGUCUACCAAUUGAAAAGACUACGUGAGGAAGGAUACAAGGUCAAGAUCGUCGACAGCGCUUCAAACUGGGGCGGUGUCUGGUACUGGAACCGAUACCCAGGCGCCCGCGUGGAUUCCACGAUUCCUCACUACGAGUUUUCAGACCCUUUACUUUGGAGAGAUUGGAACUGGAAGCAGCGAUUCCCCGGCAGCGCCGAACUUCGAGAUUACUUCGCUUUUGUUGCAGAGCGAUGGGAUCUGAACAGAGAUGCUAUUUUCAAUACCUUGGUGACCGCGGCCACCUGGGAUGAGGAGAGUGCCAAAUGGCACGUAACGACUCAGACUGGCCAGAGUUUUGUCGUCAGGUACCUUCUCUUGAACACUGGGUUCUCGGCAAAGAGACAUAUCCCAGACUGGCCGGGCAUCGACAAGUUCCGGGGGACCUUUGUUCACCCUUCAUACUGGCCCAAAGAAGAACCCGACCUCAAGGGCAAGAAAAUCGCCGUCAUCGGAACUGGAUCGACUGGAGUUCAACUUUCUCAAGAGUUGAGUAAGGUGGCCAAAGACUUUGUGCUGUUCCAGCGAACCCCAAACCUGGCACUGCCGAUGAAACAGGUCGAGUACAGCGGCGACGAACAGACGAUCCCCCCUCAGAAGUAUCGAGACGUCUUUGCCGGACGGUCGACAACCUUCAGCGGCUUUACCUUCGACUUCCUGCCACGGGGGACGUUCGACGACACACCCGAGCAAAGGAGACAAACGUACGAAGAACUUUGGGCCAAGGGGGACUUUAGCUUCUGGCUUGCGACCUACCACGACAUGCUCUUCACCGAAGAGGCCAACAAAGAGGCGUACGACUUCUGGAAAGCCAAAGUGCGGGCGCGAAUCCACAACCCAGACCUCCACGAGGCGCUGGCGCCCGAGAUCCAGCCGCACGCGUUCGGGUGCAAGCGCAUCUCGUUGGAGAACGGGUUCUACGAGAUCUUCAACCAGCCCAACGCCACGCUGGUCGACGUGACGCGGACGCCGAUUGUCGAGUUCACGGCGCGCGGCGUCCGCACCGCCGAGCGCGAGUUCGAGCUCGACUACAUCGUCUGCGCGACGGGCUUCGACGCCAUCACCGGCGGCCUGAAGCAGAUCGACAUCACCGGCGUGGCCGGCCAGACGCUCGCCCGCAAGUGGGACAAGGGCACCCGGACGUACCUGGGCCUCUGCGUCGCGGGCUUCCCCAACAUGUUCUUCACCUACGGGCCCCAGGCGCCGACGGCGCUGUGCAACGGCCCGACCUGCGCCGAGCUGCAGGGCGAGUGGAUCGUGCAGAUGGUCAAGGACAUGGACGCCGCCGGCCUCACCACCAUCGAGGCCAACCGCGACGUCGAGGACCAGUGGGCCCAGGACAUCUGGAAGCUCGCCAACGCGAGUCUGCUGCCCAAGACGAAAUCGUGGUACAUGGGUGACAAUAUCCCCGGGAAGCCCAGGGAGCCGCUCAUCUACCUGGGCGGCGUGCCGAAUUACUACAAGACUAUCACGGAGUGUGCCCGGGAAGGCUACAAGGGGUUUACACGCGCAUAG